UUUGACGAACUAUUUAAAGGAGAUUUUGUGAUAAGAAAUUAUUACAACCGUUCGGACGUUCGUACCCUCAACAUGAUGAAUAAGUAUCUGAUAGUUUUGGUGGCACUUCUACCGCUAGCGUUCGGCGAUGUAGUCCCUGUCAAGGAGUGUAAGGCCGGACCGUUACCGAUUUCCGUAGACAUCCAAGGAUGCAAGCAGCCUCCAUGUGAUCUUAAACGCGGCGAGGAUGUGGUCGCUUUUGUAGACUUUAGCGCAAGCGAUGAGGUGGCCAAACUGCGACCGGUCGUCUACGCCACAGCCUUGGGCUUAACAGUGCCGUUCGCUAUGCCUCCCGACCGGCAGGACGCCUGUGAGUGGUUGGAAGGAUCCAAGUGUCCACUGUCGUCCGGCGAAGACGUGCGAUAUGAGUUGCGGCUUCCGGUGGAGAAGAGCUAUCCAGCUAUCUCUGUGGAGGUAGAGUUGAGCCUGGUGGAUCAGGACGAUCGGAUUGUCAGCUGCUUUAGGGUGCAGGGUAAAGUGGUGUGAUAGUUUAUAAGGAGAUAAAGACUUCAAUAAAUAUUCAAUAAUCUGUAAAAAUGGUA